AUGGCCAAAGCCAUGGCGGUGCGUCAGUCGCAAACCGCGGGACUCGAGGCGUCUGAACAGCAAGCGACUCUGCCGUUGUACGAAACCACGCCACCGCGAACCAUUGCACCGGGGGAGUCACGGAGAAAUCAGUCGUCGCCAACCGCCCUCCAGGAUGGUAGCGGCGAAGGACCAAGAGAGUCGGCGUCGGCGCCAGUACCGGUGCCGGUGCCAGUGCCGGUGCCAGCGCCCGUGUCCGUGUCCGCUUUGCUCUCGCAUCAAGAACCAGACCCUCAGGCUGCUGACGUUGAUUACUGGGUGCCAAUUGUCCAAAAUUCCGGCGAACAUGACCGUGGUUCGAGUAACCAGUACAGUCAAGUACCACCGGCGGGUGAUGACUUUGAUUUCGGUGUAGAAGACACAGGCGAGGGUUUUGCCAACCCCGCAGGCGAUGUUCAAACUCUCCCAACCUUCAACGUCCGGACACCGUCAGCACAGGCAGCCGGGACGGACGGCGCUUCUUCGUCUUCGUUACUACAGUUGGGCAUGCCGUAUCCUUCAUAUCAGCAGCACUCCUUGAAUGAACCACCAGCGUCUCGGGAUGAGAGUAAUCGCCUUCUGACCAGUCGCUUGGGGAAGCUCACGCUGACCGGAGAUGGGAAACUACGGUAUUACGGCGCCACCAGCAACCUUCACCUCAUCCAGAAUCAGUCACUUUCCUUGUUCCAACCCAACAUCCGGACUGUGCGCACCCAUGGCGAUGCUGCGCUCAGCCGAGCGGGUCUGCAAUGGACAGUUGAUGUCGACUAUGAGAGAUACCUGACAAGACUGUUCUUCCUCUGGCAGAAUCCAUCCAACAACGAAGUGACGGAAAAGGUUUACCUCAGUGAGAAGGAAAGCUACGACUCUGGCGACGACACCUGGCUAUAUUCGCCAACGUUGCAAAACGCCAUCUUGUCGGUCGGGGCUUGUUUUAGCUCGAGACCUGCCCCCGGCAUCCAAGGGGUGGCUUCGGAAUUCUUCGCCAGUCGCGCCAUGACGUUGAUUGAGAUUGAAAUGGAUAGCCCGACUCUGGCAACCCUGCAGGCUCUGUCAGUGCUUUCUGCGCAUGAAGCCGCCAGUGGUCGUGACUCGAGAGGAUGGUUAUACUCCGGCAUGGGUGUGCAUUUGAUCAUGGAUCUGGGCCUGCAUCUGGACCUCGAAGUCGACCACAAGCUGCACUUUAUGGAAUCAUCCGUCCAAGCCGUGCAGACGAUAUACAGACAGAUCUUCUGGUCCACCUACUCGGUCAACAUAUUGUGGAGCUCGUACGCCGGCCGACCGUCGGUGAUGAAUAAACUUGGAAAGAUCAUUCGAGAGCCGGCCAUCAUAGAUAUGCCACGAUGGGACUGCCGUGAGGUUGUCCCCGACUUUCCGGAACUGCCACCCGAAAUCGACCACAUUGUCGCCGGCAGUGUGCCUAUAUACUCCUACCGACUGAUCGCCAUCAUGGGAAAGAUUGGAGAUAUCCUAUAUAACGAACAUCCAGAUCGGCUUCCCAGCCUGGAUUCUUUUCUUCAAGGCAUGACCAGCGACCUGCAGCAGUGGCGAGAGUCGUUACCCCCUACCAUGCAGGUGGAUGGUUGUGAGACACAAGACGAGUUGCAGCCGCGGAUAUACCUCCCUUCUGUCUUGCAGCUUCACAUGCAGUACUACCACGUCCUUGUCCUAUUGCAUCGGCCGUUCAUUUCAGGCACCCGAUCCUUCGACCCGGCCGACCACGGCGAGAUAUGCAGGAACUCGGCCUCCGCCAUUUGCAGCCUCUUGGUCAAAUUUCGCCGCCAAUGCAGUUUACGUUACGUCCACCUCACCAUCGUUCACAUCGUGGUCACGGCUGGUCUCAUCCACGCUUACGACAGCUGCAUGCUGUCCGGGCCCAACCAGAAGCAGUCCCAGGACCACCUCCUCACCUGUGUACAUGGUCUAUCCGAAAUGUCUCAGACCUAUAAAAGCGCUACCCGGGGUAUGGAACUGGUCACCACUUUCCGCCGUGACUUGGAAAGUCGCAAGCCCUCGAGGAAAGACCCUAAGCGACCCUGGGCCACUGAGUAUCCUUUCUAG